AAAAACUCCAGUGUAACUGUGUACCUAUUGUUUGAUUUUUAACGUCACCUCGGUGCCAGUGGGUGUCUCCCAAGUCUUCACAUCCCUGCCCGCACUGCGCAUGCUCCUCACAUCCUCACCUCCAUCCACACGUCGGGCUACUUGGAAGCUUGAAUAAAGAUGCUCAACGUCUCGGGUCGCUGGAGCCUUGUCACCGGGUGAACUGGAGUGAUCUAGAGGGACGCACACAGAGGAGCCGUGUAACUUCAGCCCACAGACUCGUCGUAUCGUGGUGUAUGCGCGCGGGCACAGCACCGACAUGGAGAUGAAGAAAUCUAUUUCGGACACCGAGCGCGCGCUCAGGAGCUACGGCGCAGUGUCGGAAACUGCAUGGACAACGGACAAAGGUCAUUCAGACGUGUCCAUGGCAGAGAGCACCAUGGCUCCAGAGGAGAUCGAGGUGGAGAUGGCUCGUAUCCAGCGUCUGCGAGAGGUCCUGGUGCGCCGGGAGUCAGAGCUGCGCUUCAUGAUGGAUGACAUUCAGCUCUGCAAAGACAUCAUGAGUUUGAAGCAGGAGCUGAGACAAAUUGUCGCAGUACCAGAGAAAGAAAAAACCAAGAAGCAGAGGCAACGGGAAGAGGAGCUGAUCCUGAAGAUCCAUAAGCUGGUGCAGAAAAGGGAUUUCCUGGUUGAUGAUGCUGAGGUGGAGAGAUUAAGGGAGCGAGAGGAGGACAAGGAGAUGGCAGAGUUCCUCAGACUGAAGCUGAUGCCUCUAGAGAAGAAGCUCAAAGUCACACAAAAUCCUCCAAAGCCCAAGAGACAAAUCCCAGAGCCGCCUCUCAACAAACCAUCCAUCACCAAGUCAGGAGUGGCCAUCAUUAAGGACUGCUGUGGAGCCACCCAGUGUGCCAUUAUGUAACUGACACAGACCUCUUCAUGACCCCCUCCUCAUGUCAGACACAACAUGCUCAAGUCACAUGACAUGCCAUAUAUCACUUCCUGUGACUCAGAGAACCUCUGUAAGCUGUGUUUUCCCUCAAAACUGUUCAGGAAUGAAAUUCAUAAAUGAGUUUUGGAAAUGAUCCCUAAUCAGUUCUCGGAGGGAACCUUACAGUAAGGAGCUUCUGUGGGUGAGGACACUUGUCCACGGUGUACAUGGGGGGAAUGGGAAUGGGAAUUGUAAAUAAAAGUCUGUUAUUUAUGUAUCCUGUAUGAGAAUUAGAUCGGGUCCAUGCAUCAUGUAACAUUACUUUAUGAUGUCUAUGAUCAUGUGGUUGAUAAACAGUGCACGCCUUUAUAGAACUACAAGCACAAUGUCCACAAAGUGAGGUGUAACUGCUGGGGUUCUCUGCCUGACAGGAAAAAGCAUCUGUUGUUGUCUCAUCAUAUUUGACCACGGGUAUUUAUUCUUCCAUUUCAGCCUUUUAUCACCAACCAGUGAACCUCACUGGUCACUUCCAGGAAACACUCUGUUCUUAGGGUGGGGCCAACACAUGUGAUACAAACAAACAAUAUGGCAGCAUGACAGGUAUAUAAAUUACUGGAGAGGAGCAGCAGCCAGUGGAUGCUUUUGUGCUGGAGUCGAACAAUAUUCUUGUGUCCAUCCUUUGGCCAGCGUGGCAUUUUUAUUCUCGAUAUGUGUCAUUCAAUGUUAACAAAAAUGACAAAGAAAUAUUUGAUUAAAGUGGACCCCACUGCAAUGUUAUUACAAAGGUUGGGUCAUAUUAGGCUGAAUGCCUGUAAAGCAUCUGUCUAUUUGAAAAGACAUCUGGCAACCUGUACAUCAAAAUUUUGAAAGUAAUGUGAGACAGAAUCUAAAAUCAUCUGUGUUCAAACAUCAAACGUAGAUAUUACUUCACAUCCAGGGAGCAGUCGCAAGAGCAGUUCCUUCAUGUUAAAAAAUGCAUACACAAAGAUGAACAGUGGCAAUACGAUGAAACCGAUGAUGGACAUAUACAGUGCUGUGUAAAAAGAAAAAUACACAAUAGUGUUCAUCUUCUCAGGGAGUGGACAAUGCAGGAAAAGUUCCCUGUUUGUUUUUAAAUAAAACAAGCUAAGCAUGGCCAGUUAAGUUUCUUUGAGAUUGAACUGGCUGUGCUUUGCUUAACUAGCCAAACGCAAUUCUGUUUUCCAACCUCACCCUGUGCAAUAAUGUCUAUAAUACACUCCAAUUAUUAAAUUGAAUCUUCUGUACAUUUUUUGAAGGAUAAAAAUGUAUUAAAGUGUCACUGACGAAACUUCAGACGAAGAAGAACUUUGAGAUCAUUUUCAGUAGCCAAACCCGUGUCCAUUUCACUCUAUAGAGGGUAACACUAACUGGCAUGUAACCUCUUAUGACCCACAUUUGAAGGGUUAGGUUAGUUCCUGUUAAGGAUUUUGUGACCUUCCAUCAUUAUGGUUGACACCUGUAUAUGCCAGCACAAAUCUUGAAUUUUUUUUAAACAUGGUGUUUUUCUUUGUUUAUUUAUUUAUUGGUACACUAUGCUUGAUAGUUCCCCAGUGUCACCACAUCACUUACAUCAUCUCAGCCAACAGCUA